AUGUCAUCUACCAAAGAAUCACAGGAAUAUAUGAAACGAAUAAAGGACGCUCAAGAGGAAGAGAUGCCAACAACAAGUUCUGAUAGAAAUGAGAAGAAGUCUGCAAUAUCAUCUUCGGAAAGAUCACGACAAUGUAGGGAACGAAAAAGAAAAGCGGAAGAAGACGCGUUGCGAACAUCUUCAAUGAGAAAUCUGAAAAUGCCCGAGGCAAAGUCAUCUACCAAAAGAUCCAGAGAAUGUAGGAAACGAAAAAAGAAAGCGCAGCAGGAAUUUACUGAAGAACAAGAGCAAGGUCCACGAAAAGACCAGAGGCCUGAGAUAUUUCGACAGAUUUAUAUGAAUGCAUCUAAGGUUUUUGAAAAUAAUUUUCUGAAGAACGAGUUUGGAUACGUGUGUGAUGUUUGUGAUCGAUUAUGGUAUAAACAAGAUUUAACUAAAGUAGCUCAAAGUCACAUAGAUGUUCUAAAAAGAGAUUUUGAUAAUGAGAUUGAGUGUCUCAAGAACUUUGAAAUCUGUUCAACUUGUAGACAAUCGCUUACCAAAGGAGAAAUUCCAAGUCUAAGCAAAACAAAUGGUUAUAAAUAUCCUGAACAUCCAAAGAAAUUGCCUCCAUUGGAUCCCAUUACUGAGCGUCUGAUUUCUCCAAGACUACCUUUUAUGCAAAUAAGAAAAUUACGAUAUAAAAGUGGAUCAUGUAAAAUAAUAGGACAGGUAAUUAACGUACCGGUGGAGGUAGAUAACAUGGUAAAACAAUUACCACGUCAAUUAGAUGAUGAUUAUUCAUUCAAUGUAAGUAUUAAGAAACAUAUUAUACAUAAAACAUCGUAUCUGAGUGGCCUUGUGAAGAAGCGAGUUGUUAAGGAAUGGCUACGCUACAUGGUGACAACGCUUCUGUAUAAAUUAAAUAAAAUAGAGUAUAUUGAACGAGAUAUAAACAAUGUCGAUGAUGGACAGCGACCAAGUACAAGUUGUUCAAGAGACAACAAACAAGAUGAUAAUGUAAUUGAGACGAUUGAAAGUGAGAAUGAUAAAGAAUUGUUUUUGGGACAACAACACACAAUGCUUUGGAACGAAAGUAAAUACUUAGAUAUAGCACCCGGGCAAAAUAAAAAGCCUUUAAGCAUCGUCUUUGACUCGUAUGCAGAAGAAUUAUCUUUCCCGGCAAUAUACUACGGACAUCCACGAGUCUUUAAAGAAGGCAUCAGAGUAACUCCGUUCAAAAUAGCAACAAGUGAGAUUAGACGUAAAGAUCGACACGGAGUAACACCACAGUAUAUUCUUUAUAUGGCUGCAAAGAUAAUACGUUUGAGAGUUACCGAAGGACUCUAUUCUACUUUCAAAGUAAACGCCACUGCUGAGAAUAUUACUCGACGUAUGAUAGAAGAUAAAACGUACCUGGAUGAAUGUGUGGAAAAGAAUAUAGCCUUUUUGAAGUCUAUUCCAAACUCUAUGCAAUAUUGGAAUUCACGGAAGAAAGAUUUGUUUGCGAUGAUAAGACAACUUGGGAAACCUACAAUGUUUCUAACGAUGAGUGCAAACGAGAUACGCUGGGCACACCUCCUAAAGACAUUGUACAGACUAAAUAGAGAAGGAAACGGGCAAGAACUUACAGAUCCAAUGAACAAAUUACGAGCAUUACAGAGGGCCAGCUUAGUAAAUAAAGAUCCAGUAAUAUGCUGCAUUUAUUUUAACAAAAUUGUCGAGGUAAUUAUGAGAAUUUUAUCAGCAAAAAAAUCAUACAAUCCCUUUGGAAAGUAUAGAGUGAUAGACUUCUUUAAACGCAUUGAGUUCCAAAAUAGAAGUAGCCCACACGCGCAUAUAUUGCUUUGGCUAGAAAAUGACCCCAAAGAAGCAAUUUCGGAGAAUAUGAACAAAACAAUAUUACUAAUCAGAGAUUUGUGCUCAGUAUCAGUCACUGAUUUACCAGAAACAUACGCUAAUCAAGUGCACAAGCACACGUUUACAUGUUUCAAAAAAAAAGACAAUAAGUGUCGGUUUAAUAUACCCUACUGGCCUAUGGAUCAAACUUGCGUCUUGAUACUCAUCACUAAAAACGAUGGUCGCAGAGAAGAUUUGAAAAAGCGGGCAUCUAAAAUAAAUGAAAAACUGAAUAAUAAAAGUUACGAUACAAUUGAAGAGUUUUUAGUUGAUAAUAAUAUGACAAUGAAGUACUACUUAGAUGUGAUUCGAGUAAGUAUACGAAGACCUACUGUUUUUUACAAAAGAAAUAUAAACGAAUUGUGGACAAACACUUUCAAUCCAUGGAUAGCAAGCAUACUCAAUUCAAAUAUGGACUUGCAAUUCAUUAUUGAUAAAUACUCAUGCGCAGCAUAUGUUGUUGAAUAUGUUAACAAAAGCAACAGAGGAGUAAGUUAUCUUCAAAGACAACUUGUGGAAUUACAGGGUGAAAAUCCAGAACUAGAUUUCAUAGGAUUAAUGAGGAAAGUGUGUAUCAAUAUGUUGAACACUGUUGAGAUGUCUUGCCAAGAAGGAGCUUGGUACUUGUUAAGACAACCCAUGUCUGAGGCGAGUAGAGAGGUAAUCUUCAUCCCAACCAUGUGGGCUAGUGAACGUGUAAAAAGACAUAAGAAGAAGAAACAGAUGGACAUGGAACAGAUACCAAACGAUUCAACAGAUGUGUGGACUUUGAACGUGAUACAAAAGUACGAACAAAGACCAACUCAAAUAGAGGAUGUAUGUUUGGCAGACUAUGCAGCAUGGUAUACAAUGAACAACAGAAACUAUAAAAAGAGAAAAUGGGCAAGAAUCCUGCGUUACUGUAAUUACGAGAUGUCAGAUAAAAUGACGGAAUAUAAGCGCGAGAUGGUUACGUUAUUCAUCCCAUUUAGAUGUGAACAUAUAGAAAUCACUGAUCGCAUGAAGUACUUGCAGCUGUUCGAUGAAAGAAUUGAAACUAUUAAGAGUAAGUUUGGUGAAUAUCAAAAAGUAGAUAUCGAAAAACACAUGGAAGAAUAUAAAAGGUUUUGUGAAGAUCUACAGGAGGAAAGAGAGGAAAUAGACGCAAGGCAAGAACUAAUUUUACAAUCGAUGGCGACAACCAGCGCUAAUAAUGAUGAUAUAAAUAGUAUUGAGGUGGGAAACUUGACAGCAGUAGUUAGAAUACGCAAAAACGUUAUGACAGCAGAGGAGUUUUGUAAGAGAAUGCGCAGAACAAAUCAAGAACAACGAGAUUUUCUUCUGACUUUAAUGAAUUCAUUGCUAACCGCAGAUAGAACUUUUCAAGUAUUUUUUACAGGAGUGGCUGGAAGUGGUAAAACUUUUACACUAAACUUAGCAAAAGAAAUAACGAAUAGAUUUGCACAAACUCAAAACAUAAAAACAAAUGCAUACGUAGCAUGUGCAUCCACAGGAAAAGCUGCAGUGGCCAUAGGAGGAACUACCGUACAUGCAGCGUUUAAGAUAGCAAUUUCGAGAAGAACUAACCCAGGAUUGGCAAGAGAGACUAUACAGACUUAUCGGAAUGCAUACGCAGGAGUGAGAGUUGUAAUUAUUGACGAGGUAAGCAUGAUAGGCGCGGAGAUAUUAGACAAGAUAAACAGUAGAAUGUGCGAUAUCACUGGCAAUUUUGACGAUCCUUUUGGAAGAAUGAAUGUGAUUUUCUGUGGUGAUCUUAGACAACUGCCACCAGUUAAUGCAAGAGCCAUUUACAAAUCGUUAAGAGACUCAAUAAAUGGAGCAUAUCUUUGGCAAUCGGUCCAAUUUUAUGAAUUGACAAGACAGUGCCGGUGUGCCAAAAUGCUGAAACUAGUUAAUACAACGAAGCGCGGUAUUUUGCAUCAGAGGAUGGUGGAAUCCCGGGGUCACGGUCGUGAGAACCCUCGCUGCGAGGCCGAGCACGCUCGACCCCACGGUGCCGUGGCCGUCGGGGUAAGUGUCAGGGAGUUCGGGAACACUCUGAGAACCCUCAGUCGAGAACCAAAACUCUGGACCUCGUUGUACGUGUUGCCCUAG